CAGAAAUGGAGGAAAUCUUCAUCAAAGGUGGACCUAAUAUAGCGAUCAAGAAAAAAGAGCAGACUUAUUUUUUAGGAUGUUUGACGCGAAAAUGAGUACUACUGAAAUCAAGAAAAAAUAUGAAUGGCAAGCAUAUAAAAAAUUUAAUGAUUUACCAGGGAGACCAGAACACGAGGGAUUAAAAGAAGAAAACUUAAAAUAUGGUAGACUUUUUUCAAAAAUUAUCAAAAUAAACAAAAUUAAAUACAUUUUGAUAUAUUUUAACAAUGAAAAGGAUUUAAUGAAAGCAAUUUACAACUCAACGAUGGAAGAAAUAAACAUGGAAAAUGGCUUGAAGAUUAAAAGUCAAGAUGAAUUGAUCGCUGAAAAUGGAACAUACAAAAAACGUUUCAGCAUUAAUAAAUUCGCUAUUCCACAAAAAUCAAAGGACGGAUUUGUUGACGCAACCACUGACUUAAUCUCAACGGUUCCAAGAACGACAGAAGAACAUGACGAGUUAGAUAAUUUAAAUAAUAAAUUUAAAGAAAGAUUAGACGAAUUAGAGACGACAACAGCCACGAUACAAAGAAAGGGGAAAAAGAAAGCAACAGAGUUAUUGGACGAUGAUGUUGAAGAAACAAAAAAUGAAAACAAAAAGCGAGUAGUGCGAAAGCAGGGAGAAAGGGAAAAUUCUGAUACAGAAUGA